GCCAGACAAGUUAAAGCGAUCCCAAACCGGGUUAUUUCUCCAGUGUGUACGCAACCAGGGGAGAGAGGGCGCUCUUCUCCUUCCUCCUCCUCCCGAAGGGCCGUCCUCCUCUGGCUCCCUUCUUCCCUCCUCUUCUCCCCUUGUUCCUCCUCCUUUCGCCCGAGGAAGAUGCCGGAGCAGCCGCUCAGCGUCUCGGAGUUCCUGGCGGCGGCUUCGGAGGACCUGGCCUCGGCCUUCGCCUCCCAGCUGCCCAAGUGCCGCGCGGCGGUCGGGGCCUUGGAGGAGAAUUUGGAUGGAGACCAAGCCAUUCUCCAGCGGAUCAGGAAAUAUGUGAAAGCGAUUCAUGUUUCUGGACUCACACAUGUGGAGAAUGAAGAACAAUACAGUGAAACUCUGGAGAACUUUGGGAACAACCACCUUUCUCAGAACAACCAUGAGCUUUCCACAGGCUUCCUGAAUCUGGCUGUCUUCGCCAGGGAAGUCACAGCACUUUUCAAAAACAUGGUGCAGAAUUUGAACAAUAUUGUCUCCUUCCCCCUGGACAGCCUACUGAAGGGCCAACUUAAAGAUAGUCGAUUGGAAUCCAAGAAACAGAUUGAAAAGGCCUGGAAGGAUUAUGAGACCAAAGUAGCAAAGUUAGAAAAAGAGAAAGAGCGAAAUAAAAUCUCUGGAGUCAUUCAGACAGAACUAUCAGCUGCAGAAAUUGCUGAGGAAUUACAGAAGGAGCGCCAUACCUUUCAACUUCAGAUGUGCGAGUACUUUUUAAAAGCGAAUGAAAGCCAAACGAAGCAAGGACCAGACUUUCUGCAGAGCCUUAUCAAGUUCUAUCAUGCACAACACAAUUUUUUCCACGAUGGCUAUAAGGCAUCUCAGAACCUGUACCCAUUCAUCGAGAAGCUAGCUGCGUCUUUACAUGCACUUCGUCAGGCUAAGGAAGAGGAGGUGAAGCAGCUUACUCGGAUCCGCGAUUCCCUCCGAGGUAUCUUGCAGUUGGAGAACAAGGGGGAAAACCUCCACAGGAAGAACUCUGGAAGUGGAUACAGUAUCCAUCAGCACCAAGGCAACAAGCAGUAUGGGACUGAGAAAUCAGGCUUUCUGUACAAGAAAAGUGAUGGGAUUCGGAAAGUGUGGCAGAAGAGGAAGUGUGGUGUAAAGUAUGGAUGCCUUACCAUCUCACACAGCACAAUAAACCGGCCUCCUGUAAAGUUGAAUCUGUUGACCUGCCAAGUGAGACCUCAUCCAGAGGAUAAAAAAUCCUUUGACCUUGUGACAUACAGCCGAACAUAUCACUUCCAAGCAGAAGAUGAGCAAGAGUGCAUUAUGUGGGUGUCUGUGCUCCAGAACAGCAAGGAUGAAGCUCUUAGCAAUGCUUUCAAGGGGGAUACAGGAAGCUGCAUGUCUUCAUCUGGGAGCAUGACUGACAGUGGACUUCAGGAAUUAACCAAGUUUAUCAUUAGCGAGGUGAAGAAUUUGCCAGAAAAUAGGCAGUGCUGUGACUGUGGAGCUCCAGAUCCCACAUGGCUGUCCACUAACCUUGGUAUUCUGACAUGCAUAGAGUGUUCAGGAAUUCAUCGUGAAUUAGGAGUGCAUUAUUCUCGCAUCCAGUCACUGACACUGGAUGUUCUCAGCACUUCUGAACUCCUGCUGGCAGUCAGCAUUGGAAAUGCUAAGUUUAAUGAAGUCAUGGAGGCCACCUUGCCAACACAAGGCAGCCUGAAACCCUCAUCCACCAGUGACAUGAAUGCUAGAAAGGAAUUCAUCAUGGCAAAGUACGUGGAACGCAAGUAUGUUCACAAAGCUACUAAGGAUGAACCAUACCGUAUUUGGGAAGCUAUCCGAAGCAGGGAUCUCUUGGCACUGCUUCAGGCCUUUGCAGAGCAUCCUGAUCUAUCUAAACCUUUAGCUAGCCCUGAUGGCCAGGAACAAGGCGAACGGGCUCUGCAUCUAGCUGUGCGCUGUGCCAACAGGACUUCUCUCCCAUUGGUGGACUUCAUUAUUCAGAAUGGGGGAAAUCUAGAUAGUCCUGCACUAGAUGGAAACACUGCUCUGCAUUAUGGAGCCCAGUACAAUCAGCCCAACUGCAUCAAACUGCUGCUGAAGGGGAAGGCCUCUACAAAUGCAGUAAAUGCAGCCGGUGAAACACCUCUGGAUGUGGCAAAGAAGUACAAGCAUGCUGAAUGUGAAGACCUGCUGGAGCAAGCUCAGAUGGGGAGGAUGGCUCCACAGAUCCAUGUGGACUACGACUGGGAGGCCCACCAGGAGUUUUCUUAUGACAGUGAAGAUGAGCUGGAUGAGAAGAUGAGUCCACUCCAGCGGUCUUUUGGGUCAUCACCUUCUCCAACUAUGGGCCAGCUUGCCCCCUUUCCUUCGAACAGAUGGAGUUGUACAGGCAUGGACAUCAGUAACAAGACCUAUGAGACCAUCUUGGUCCCCUCACGGCCUGACAUGUGCAGCUCAAACAGCGAGGAAGCUCCUCCAUCACUGCCAAUCAAAAACCCCACCAGAGGAAAUGCCAUCACAAAGCCAGAUGGCUGUGAAUCCUUAUCCCAGUCUUCAGAUUCCACUGAAGUUUGGAACUCAUCCACUUCCAUUGUUCCUGGCACAGUGGACAAUGUCAUAUCCAAGCAGCUGUCCAGCUUUCGUAACUCAGUGGAAGUCAAAGGUACAGCCUAUUGGGAAACCUGUUCUGAAGUUGAGGGCAGGUCACAAUGGAGAAGAUCAGAGCCCAGUCAGACAGCAGCACUACCACCUUUUCCAGGAACCUCUCCUGAACAACCAACCCCAGUCAGGUUCAGUUCUGAUAGCACUCGAUCCUACCGGAGGAUCAGUGGUGGCUCAGUGGGCAGAUCUGGAAAUCCUCUUUCCCCACAGUCCUCCAGUUGUCCAGAAGACCUACCACCCUGCAAGUCUCCAGCACUGGUACAGACCCCUCCUCCUGUGCCAGUGCCCAGAAGGUUUGUUCCGGCCAAAGGACGGCCAAAGAGAGUAAUGGCUUUGGCUGACUGCAAGGGAGACAAAGCCCGGGAGUUGACUUUCUCCAAGGGUGAAGUGAUUGUGGUAACACGAGAAGAGGAUCAGCAAAGUUGGAUUGGUUUCAUUGAAGGCGAUGGCACAAGAACAGGUGCUUUUCCCUCCAGCUUUGUACAUCCAUUGCAGGAAUGAUAAGGGGGCCCUAUGCAUUCAUUUUUCAACUGGAUUGAUGAGCCAGUCCUGAAUGUACCAACACUAGCAUGCAGAUUUGCUAGAUCUACUUUGAGCCUGUUCUCCAUAAAAUGUCAUCUGAUUAAUCAAUUCUGUGAUGAUGUCACUGGAAUCAGCACACAGAAGAGUCUGGCUUUCACUACUCUCAGCUGGACCAAGAAGGGUCAUGGAUGAUCCUAUGGUUGGAAUGUUCUUCUCCAUAAUAGAGGUAGACUUGGUUUGAUCUCUAUUAACCUAAAUUAUGUCAUUUGCAAAAUAACAGAGUGCACACAGUUCUUGCAAGAAAUGCAGGCUCUGCCACAAAGUCAUCACAUCCUCUGUUGGAUCUCUAGCUCAAAAGAAUGUUGUAUUCCAGCUUUGCUGAUGACAUGUGCAGAUGUGGAAUGUAUCAAGGUCCCAAAUGUGCAAUUUGAUUUCCUAUCGACCUCAGUUUGCAUUAUGAUGACAUCCAUAAGAGAUGGGAUGGGAUUUUGGAGAAAAUAUCUGAGACGAUGUGGAAUCUUUGACAUGGCUUUUAAAAGUAGCAGAUGGGCUACAUUUCCUACGCCAACCCUCUUGAAUCCAUUUCCCCAUUUGUUCAACACCCAGUGGAGGGCAAAAUGUCCUUUCUUCAGGAAACUCUGCUUCUGUCCAUCCCGGUGCAAAAAAGUCCUCAUACUUUCUAUGUGACACCUUUAAAUUGCAGAGGAUUCUAGAAAUCCUCUGUUGGUCACCUUUGGUCUAGUUGCCAAGGUUUUUGUCAAGACACCCUUCAUUGUUGUAGAUGAUUAGGAACAGUGGAGAAGUAGCAGGGGCAGCCCUGCAGCACAGCCAGAGGAGGCAAGCUGUUCCAAAUCACAGAACUUGGGCAUUUUUCUCCCCAGCCAGCCACUAUUUUUACAGCCCUGUCUUUGCCUUCCAAAUGAGAUAGAUUGAUGGAAGAAAAAUAUAGUAUAUGAUACAAAAAAGCUAUGGCUGACACAAGACAUUUUGCUGUCUGUACUAGCAAAGUGGUGCCCAUCUCCCAAGCAGUUUUCUCCAUCUUUCUAGCAGUAAAAAUACAAUAAUAAUAAUCUAACAGCUAACAAGAAAGAACAGCUAGCUACUUCAAGUGAGUUCAGGUCUCCAGGGCCACAUUAACUGCAUCCAACAGUACUAAAGGAAUUCACAGAUUUAAUCUCAGAGCCUCUUAGAGAAUUCCUGGAAAACUGGAGGGCUCCCUGCAGUCUGCAGGUGAGCAAAUAUUGUUCCCAUCUUUAAAAAGGGGAAGAAAGGGCUGUAGACCCAUCAACUUGAUGUUGAAACCAGGAAAAGUUCUACAGUAGAUAACAUCUGGUUUGUGACCACUUAGAAAAAGAGGCUCUGGUUGCUAAGAACCAGCAUGGAUUUCUUAAAAGCAAGUCAUGCCAGACUAAUCUUAUUUCUUUUUUAUACAGUUAGAAGCAUAGUAUUUUAGUAAGUUUUUUUGUCAAGCCUCCCUUCCCUUCAAACGUUGUCACUGACAAGGUGGUAAAAUGUGGACUAGACUGUGCCAGUGUUACGUGGAUUUGCAGCGAGUUUAGAGACAGAUUACAGUGAAUGUUCAUCAAUGAUUUUUCAUGAUCUUGGAGAGAAGGAUAUGGGUACUGAAGAUUUCUGUUCUAGGCUGAGUUUAAUUGAAGAUCUUUAUACAUGUCAGUAGAAUUUACUACCUUGGAAGAUGGUAAACUUAAUUAGAUGUUUUUAAACAGAGGUUAGAUGGUCACAGUUUAGAGGUGCUUUAAACUGUGGAUUCCUACUGGCAGGGGACUGGACUAGGGUGCAAAACACACUGCAGAAAUAAUCCAAUUUGAGGUCACUUUAACUUCCUUGGCUUGGUGCUAGUGAAUUCUGGGAACUGUAGUUUUAUGAAAUAUUUAGCCUUUUC